AUGGCAUUGGUUGGACCGGUCAAACGACAGCGCUUCCAAGCGUUCGUCCUGGCAGACGAAACCGCCCCAAACGUCCCUUCCCCAAACGCCUCCGACCGCCCAACCAUCCCGAACUCCCCAGCUCCUCCUUCCCCAGAACUCUCUGCCCACCAUCCCCACGACCAGCGCCAACCCAGCGCUGAACACGAUCCGGUAGCUGUCACCACAACCACAACCGCAACCACACGCCCGCUUGCACCCAAACGCAGACGCGGCUCCGAAGAGAGCGACGACCUCUCGGAGACCUCCGACCCUCCUAUCGAGCGAGGCCGGUCCUCACGUCCCAUCAAGAAACGCAGGCGCAGAACAGACGGGACAAUGCGCCUUGACAGCGAUGCUUCAAAACGGUCCCACUCUCCCACACAGAGCUACACCAAUGGAUCCACGCGCUCGCCCGGGCCCAGGUCGACGCUGGGCAAGAUCGCCAACGGAGACCCCCACAAGCCCGAGAGCAACGGCUCCUAUACAAAUGGAAGCUCGGUAGCCAGUGUGAAGGCCCUGUCGCCGUCCUUUUUUGGCCACGAUAGGGAAGAGGUCACGCGGAUACUCAUACAAAGCUUAUCAGACUUGGGGUAUAGCGACGCUGCCGGAGCUUUGGUGAAAGAGAGUGGAUAUACUCUGGAAGGCCCCACGGUAGCGGCAUUCCGUACUGCUGUUCUCAACGGAGACUGGGCUGAGGCAGAAGAGCUAUUAUUCGGCACACAUUCAUAUGAUAAUGGUGGAGGUAUCCACCUUGAUAAUUCGGCAGGAUAUGGCAAGUCAUGGGCGAAGUCGCGGUCAAUAGCACAAUCACACCGCGCCGAAGGGCUGCCGCUCGCCGAAGGUGCGAAUCGGGACGAGAUGCUGUUUUGGCUGAAGCAGCAAAAGUAUCUUGAGCUCCUUGAAAGAAGAGAUCUGGGCAAGGCCCUAAUGGUGCUGCGGCAAGAGUUGACACCUCUUCAUCAGGACGUUGGUCGGCUGCACAUUCUUUCUAGUCUUAUGAUGUGUCCAUCUGCGGAAGAUCUUAAGCUACAGGCCACUUGGGACGGCGCCGAUGGCGAAUCACGUACACUCCUACUCUCCGAGCUCUCUAAAUCAAUAUCACCUAGUGUGAUGAUUCCGGAGCACCGACUAGUUGGUCUUCUCGACGAAGUCAAGGAUGGCUGGAUAUCGAAUUGUCUCUAUCACAAUACUGCUGACUCUCCAUCGCUGUACGUUGACCACAAUUGCGAUCGCGACGACUUCCCUAUGAAACCUGUACUGGAAUUGAAGGGUCAUCACGAUGAAGUGUGGUAUCUCAAAUACUCGCACGAUGGUACUAAGCUGGCAUCGACAAGCAAAGACAAGACGAUUGUUAUCUACGACGCUACGACGUACAAGACUCUGCACCAGUUAGAUGAGCAUGACUCUGGAGUUACCCAUUUAGCGUGGAGUCCUGACGACACGAAGAUUAUAACAUGCUGUGCACAACAGGAGAAUUCCGCUCGGAUAUGGGAUGUCAAGACGGGCACGUGCCUGAGAUUGAUCAGCGAUUUCACCUACCCAUGCACAACUGCUGCCUGGGCGCCAUCUGGCACGCACGUUGUCAUUGGUUCACAGGACACCAAAUACGGAUGCUGCAUUUGGGACCUAGAUGGUCACCUUGUACACGCUUUCGCCCCACACCACAACGACAGUGUCAGAGUCAACGAUCUUGCCAUUUCGCCCGACGGUUCGAGACUUGUCGUCCUCCUUGAGAAUAAGAUCCAAGUAUACGACUUCCGGUCACGAGAGAAACUGUGCGAAUGGCAUUUCGCUGACGUCAAGUUGACGAGCGUUACAAUAAGCUCGGACUCAAGACACAUGCUCAUCUCUAUGAACAAGAAUAAAAUUCGCCUCAUAGAGAUCGACACUGGGCGGGAGGUACAGGGGUUCGAGGGCCAGAUACAAGAGAACUUCAUCAUCAGGAGCAGUUUCGGUGGCGCAGACGAGAACUUCGUGGUCAGUGGCAGUGAAGGUACGUCGCCCGAUGCCGUCAAGUUCCCGAGAGGUAAUGGACGAGCUAACAAUAUUGUAGAUGGCAGGGUGUACAUCUGGAGAAACAACGCAAAUGGGCUACUGGUGGAGGCGCUGGACGCGCACGAGGGAUGCGUAAAUGCCGUCGCGUGGCACCCUUCGGAUCCGAGGUGUUUUGCGAGUGCGGGUGACGACGGGCGGGUCAGGGUAUGGAGACCACGGUGA